AUGUCGAGUAAUGAUAAGAAAAAGUCCAGUGACCCCAAGGUUGCACCCAAGAAAUGUGAUUCCAAAUGUGAACAGAGGUGUGAGACCAAAUGCCAUCCCAGCUGUCUAAAGAAGCUGCUGAAACUCUGUCCUGACAAGUGUCCACAGGAAAAGUGCCCACCACCACCAAAGUGUCCCCCAUGUCCUCCAUGUCCCUCGCAGUGUCCCACUGUUUGUUUCCUGCAGUGUCCCCCGCCUUGUUCACCGCAGUCUCCCCCGCCUUGUUCACCGCAGUGUCCCUCGCCGUGUCCACCACCAUGCUCCUACAUUUGUUUUAACCCCUGCUCUCCCAACUGUCCCUCUCCAUGCCCACCUCCAGACUGA